AUGCCAAAGUGCAGACCACCAAAAAAGUCUCGAGAACGAAUCCUCAUCGAUGAGUUUAACGAAGUUUGUCAGGAGUCUGACAAUUUUAUUAAAUGCGCAGAAUGUAAACUCAUCAAUGUAAUGUCAAUGACUGGUGAUGAAAAAUUGAUUGCUGCCUGUGAAUGGCAAAACAAAUGUCAAAGAUUUAUGAACAUUUUCAGGAAAUUUUUGCAUAACUCUGAUUUCUCUUCAUCCCAAAGAUCUAGGUGCCUAAAUUUAAGUCAAAAAUUAGAAUACUUGCGUUGCCAUUUUGAUUUGUCAAUGAAACACGGUGCGGGUGUGCAAGUAUCGAAUGAUAGAAUGAAAUGGGUUGAUAUUGAAGCAGCAUUUCAUGAACGGUUGCAAACUAGUGCUAUUAUAAAUUUAGAUUACAAGGACAUUAAUGAGUUCCUUGAUGAUGCCUUUGCUUUGUUUAAAAUUAAUAUUCAAAAAGCUUUAAACCGUUUUGGUCCGUUGAAAGUGUAUACCGUUUUGGGGGGAAAAUUUGUAAAAGAUUCGAUUGAUGGUAAACAAGAAAUGUCUGAUCAUAAGACAUUUAUCCCGAAAACGGCUGAAAUUUUUUUAACAACCCCGUUAGACGACUGGUACAAUAUUAAUGUUAAACAAAUAACUUUGAAAAGAAUUGCAGAAUUCCAAGAAAAAGAUUCUAAUUGGAAACUUCAUUCUAUUGAAAGGUUAACAGUUAACAUUAACAGUUACAACCCUAUGAGUGCAAGUUCUUAUAUUAAUUUACCAGCUGUCAUUAAUUUAAAACAUGCAUGCGUGAAUGUACAAAAUGCUGAUCAACAAUGUUUUAAAUGGCCAGUUUUGUCUGCUCUUUAUCCAAUUGUAAACCAUGCACAUCGAGUUUCUAAGUAUGAGAUGUAUAAAGAUGAACUUAAUUUUACAGGAAUUAAUUUCCCUGUUUCACUUACAGAUGUUCCAAAAUAUGAAUCUCUAAAACAAAAUAUUUCAGUAAACGUAUACGGACUCUCAAAAAAUGAUAAAAAAUUCAAUGUUUACCCAUUACAUCUGACAUCACAGAAAAAACAGCAUCAUAUUAAUCUCUUACGUGUUGAAGACCAUUAUAUUGAUGAAAGCCUAAGUGAAGAAGAAGACGAUCUUACAAUCCUUUCUUUUAACUACCACUAUGUUUGGAUCAAAGACUUAUCCAAGCUCGUUGGAUCCCAAUUGUCAAAGCAUAGGUCUAAAAAAUACAUUUGCGAUCGUUGCCUCCAUUAUUUUGGAAGUGAUUUGAUGCUUACCGAACACGAAGAAAAUUGUAGGAAGAUGAAUGAUACCAGAAUUAGGCUGCCGAAUCCUGGGAAAAAUUUUGUCGAGUUUACAAAAUUUGAUAACAAGGAGUGCGUACCUUUUAUCAUUUACGCGGAUUGUGAGAGUCUUUUAAUUCCUGCAGAUUCACCUCAAGAAGAAUCCAAUACUGUCGUGAUUCAAAAUCAUAAAACACUCAGUAUUGGAUUUUAUGUAAAAUGCGGCUUUGAUGACUCUUUGUCUAUAUACAAAGCAUCUCCUCGAGAUGAGGAAGAUCCUGCUAAAUGGUUUUCAAAAGAGCUUAAAGACUUGGCUGACAAUUUAGACAUUAGAUUUCAGAAUCCUGUACCUAUGGAAGUAUUAAGUUUACAACAGCUGACUGAUUUUAGAUAUGCAAGUACAUGUCAUAUUUGUAAAAAGAAAUUUGCUCAUAGUGAUAUAAAAGUACGAGACCAUUGUCAUCUAACAGGGAAGUAUCGGGGCCCUGCACAUCAAGAUUGUAAUACUAAUUAUCAUGAAUCGUCGACCAUACCUGUUGUAUUUCAUAACCUUAGUGGUUACGAUGCUCAUUUUAUCAUCAAAGCUAUUGCUACCGAGUUUGACGGUAAAGUUGAUCUUCUUUCCAUUAAUAAAGAAAAGUACAUCAGUUUUACAAAGAAUAUAAAGGGUAGUUCAAUCAAAUUUCGUUUUAUCGACUCUUUUAAGUUUAUGGCAUCAUCAUUGGACAAGUUAGCUUCCUAUCUCGAUGAAUAUAAAAUUAUAAAUUUCGUAUUUUCAAAUUACAGCGACGACAAAAUUAAAUUGUUAACGAGAAAAGGAGUUUUUCCUUAUGAAUACAUUGACUCUAGGGAAAAGCUCGACGAAACAGAAUUACCACCUAAAGAAAAAUUUUACAGCACUUUGAACGACUCAAAUGUUUCAGAUGAAGAUUACGCACAUGCGCAGAAAGUGUGGAGUAAGUUUAAUUGUCAGAAUCUAGGUGAUUAUGUGUUCUUGUACAUGAAAACGGAUAUUUUGUUACUUGCGGACAUUUUUGAAAAUUUCAGGGAUCAGUGUUUAUUAGCAUACGGUUUAGAUGCAGCACACUUUUAUACUACACCGGGUUUGACUUGGGACGCAAUGUUAAAGUAUACGAAUAUAAGAUUGGAACUCCUCACAGACAUCGACAUGGUAAUGUUUAUUGAACGCGGGAUAAGAGGUGGGAUUAGUCAGUGCACUAAUCGUUACGCUAAAGCAAAUAAUCACUACAUGGAAAAAUAUGAUGAGAAUGAGGAAAAAUCUUAUAUCGUAUACUUUGACGCAAACAACUUGUACGGUUGGGCAAUGAUUCAAUCACUUCCGUAUGGUGGCUUCGGGUGGGUUGAAAAUAUUGACAAUGAUUUUGAUUUUAAUAUUUCAGAUGAUGGACCAAUUGGGUACAUCUUGGAAGUUGACCUGGACUAUCCAGAUCAUCUUCAUGAUAAACAUAGCGACUUUCCGUUUUGCCCUGAACGCUCGAAGCCACCAGGGUCCAAAGAGCAGAAGCUCCUAACUACCCUCCUACCGAAACGAAAGCACGUUCUCCAUUAUCGCGCUUUAAAACAAGCUAUUGACAACGGUUUAGUUUUAGUUAAAAUCCAUCGCGUCUUAAAAUUCAAGCAAUCUACUUGGCUAAAGAGUUAUAUUGACUUUAAUACCUUGCAGAGAACAAAUGCUAGUAACGAAUUCGAGAAAAACUUAUUCAAACUAAUGAAUAACGCGGUAUUUGGCAAAACAAUGGAGAACGUGCGAAAACAUGUAGAUGUUAAACUCGUGACAAAGUGGAAGGGUAGAUAUGGAGCUGAAGCCUUAAUUUCCAAACCUAAUUUCCACAGCAGAGCCAUUUUUAAUGAAAAUUUGGUUGCUGUGGAACUUAGGAAAAUGGAAGUUUUGAUGAACAAACCCCUGUAUGUUGGCUUGACUGUUUUGGAUGUGUCAAAAACAUUAAUUUACGACUUCCACUAUGAUUAUAUGUUGCAAAAGUAUGAUGAAAAAAAAUUAAAAUUAUUGUACACCGACACCGAUAGCCUGAUUUAUGAAAUAAAGUGCUCCGACAUUUACGCCGAUAUGAAACAAGAUAUUCAUAAAUUCGACACUUCUGAUUACGCAGCAAAUAAUGUUUACGGUAUUCCGCAAGCCAAAAAAAAAUAUUAG